UGCCCUUGGGUCCUCGCAUCUUAUCCCUCAUCAUUCCUCCAGUACUUACUGUCAACAUGACCGACGCCACUCCUGUUGGGGCUCCUAUCGAUCUGCCCGUCCUCGACGUCUCCAACCCGCUGGACCCUGUGGCGGGAAAGGCGAUGCUGGAUGCAGCCACCAAGUAUGGCUUUCUGUAUGUCGACAGCAAGGGCACCGACUUUACCCCAGACGACGUGAAGCGAGCAUUUGAGCUGUCCCAAACCUUCUUCAAAUCCCCCACCGAGGAAAAGGCCGCUUGUCGCAUCGAGCCAAAUAACCGGGGCUGGUCCGGCAUGCACGUGGAGACCCUGGACCCCGAACACCAGCGGACGGGCGACUUCAAAGAAGCCUUCAACUUCGGCGAGUUCAUCAACCACAAAGCCCAGCAACCCCUACCACCGGCGCUGGCUCCGCACGAAACCGAGAUCGCGCAUUUCGCGGACCUGUGCCAGAAGACGUGUACGCGUGUGCUCACUCUUCUGGCGCUGGGGCUUGGAAUCCCACCCACCUUCUUCACAGAACGCCACGACCCCCAAACCGGUCCAACAGGGAGCAUCCUCCGAUACCUCUACUACCCAUCCCUGAACUCGCCAGCAACAAGCGCCUACAACCACACGCAGGACGUGCGCGCCGGCGCACACUCCGACUACGGCAGCAUCACGCUCCUCUUCCAGCGGCCGGGACAAUCGGGGCUGGAGAUCCUCACGCCGGAGGGGAGCUGGGCGCCGGUGCCUGUACAGCCUGUCAUGCCCUCAGACUCCAAACAAGACGCAAACCUCAACAAGGACGAAACCCCCAACGAAAACGCAGGACAAGAAGAAUUCAUCUUCCCGCCCAUCCUCAUCAACAUCGGUGACCUCCUCAGCUACUGGACGGAUGGGCUUCUGAAGUCGACGGUUCACCGGGUGGUGUUUCCUCUUGCGGAGCAGCGGCAGCAGCAGCAGCAGCAGCAGGGCCAGAAUGCACGGGACCGGUAUAGUAUUGUCUUCUUUUGUCAUCCGAUGGAUCGGACGGAGUUGGUGCCUGUGCCAAGUGAGAUUGUUCGGGAGUUUCGCGAGAGGAGGAAGGGAGCUGGAGCUGGGGCUGGGGGUAAUAAUGACGCUCUGAAGGUUGGGUUCGGGGGCGGGGCUGGCGGUUUGGAGCCGGGGAAGCGGGCGUUGACGGCGCAUGAACAUUUGAUGGCGCGGUUGGAGGCGACGUAUCGGUUUGAUGAGAAGAAAUGA